AUGUCCUUCGCCGGCUUAUCCUUCAUCUUUUGGCGCAUCUUCCAGUUCGUCACCCUCAUACCGACGCUGGGUAUGCUGGCCUGGUUCGUCGAUUGGUACAACUCGCGCCGGCUCCUCACUCCAACAUCCAUUCUCGUUCUCUUCAUUGUCUCGGUACUCGGUGCAGCAUGGGUCAUGGCCACUCUCUUCCUCUACACACGCGCCAGGCACUCUGCCAAAUUCGUUGCCUUUAUCGACCUCUUGUUCGUCGGCGCCUUUAUUGGUGCCGUCUAUGCGCUCCGAGGCAUCGCUGAUGCAGACUGCUCCAGCAUCAACCGCAGAGGAUCUUACAGCACUGAUCUGGGAUUGUUCACUAUUUCUGGAAACACCUGGGGCUGGGACGUGGACCGUUCCUGUGCUAUGCUCAAGGCGUCAUGGGCAUUCGGAAUCAUGAACAUCAUUUUCUUCUUCAUCACGUCAAUCCUGGCCCUGCUCGUUAGCCGCCAUCACCGUGAAGAUCGUGUCAUCGUUAAGCGCGAAGUUCACCGAUCUCGUCACGGCCACCGCUCUCGUAGCCCCCGCUACUCCACCCGAAGCCGCAGCCGCAGCCGACGCAGCUAUGUUGUAUAA